CACAGCGCCUGACAAUCCCCACAUUCCUUUCAUCAUGUCCACAGUAUGAAGGGCUGCAGCUUCGGCUGCAUUCCUCUAGGUCUCACGAGUUUCCACCGGCCUAGCCCCUCAACCCUCGACACAGCCCAUCAUGGCACCUCCGAAAGCACCGUGGAAUAAGAUAGUGACCCCAGCAACGCCUUCCAAACAUGUCAAGCCCCCAGUUCAAAGUCCUGCUGCUGCGCCUGGGUCGCCGGCAGCCGUUGCCCUGGCCAACUACGCACAGGCUCAGGACGAAGAGAUCGAAGCCUUGAAGGCCAUUUACAUGGAAGACUAUGAAGAAGUUGAAACAAAAGGCGCGUGGAGCAAGGCAUCCGACAGAGCCUUCAACCUCGCCUUGAGAGCUCCCUCGGAUGCCGAGACAACAGUCUUACUCUCUGUGAGAUUUACCGCCACGUACCCGAAGACUGCACCCUUGCUCAAAGUCGAAAAAUUCAAUCGACUACGUGAAAAGAGCAAGAAGGAGAUUGAGAAACUCGUCAAAGACAAGCCAAAAGACCUCCUCGGCGAAGUCAUGAUCUACGAGAUUGCAACCGCAAUUCAAGACGUCCUUGAAGACACUUUUAUGGCCAGACAGCAGGAUGCGGCCAUGCCCAGUUUGGAGGAAGAGCGCGCGGUGCAUGAAGCGGCUGCCGAAAGGCUUGCCAAAGAGCAAGAACAGCAAGAAAUCAAGAAGAAGGAAGAAGAGAGGGCCGAAGAGGACCGCGUUCUGAAGCAAAUGGUUGACGAGGAAAUGAACAGACGCAAAGAGCAAAAAAAGAAGAGUAAACCAAUAACCACAUCGUCAACACACCUGUUGGCCGAACUGGGCUCAAUCCCUAUGUCAAAAUUCCGUGAGGGCUCGGUGACGGACGUUUACUCUCUGCAAGCCACGUUGUCUCCCGGAACUGUGGCUCCACUCAUACUGAAGCGGUCAGUGGUUAAGAAUCACAACAACGAAGCACGUCUCAAGCGAUUGAUUGAAGAUUUUGAUGACUUGAUGGGAGACUUAAAAAGAGUUUCUCACGAGCAUGUUAUUGGCAUCCUGGACUUCAAAAUCGACCGAGGUGUCGACGGAAAAGACUGGAAUAUCAGCGUUCUGACCGAGUUUGCCAACAAGGGUUCUCUAUCAGAGAUGUUCCAUAUUACAGAAUCUUUUCCAGCGGACAAAGUUCGUGGAUGGACAAUAGAACUGCUUGAAGCUCUUGAUUACCUUCAUCGUAAUGGUGUGGUACACAAGAGGGUACAUGCAGCCAACGUACUACUUUGCCAACCCACAUCCGGUAGUCCACCUUUUGUAAAACUAGCAGAUGGCGGCUUUCAACAGACUCUGCACGAUAUCAAAACCCUUUCGCGAAACGUCUCCAAACUCGCUUCCGCAAGAUCCGCAUACUGGCUCCCUUCCGAACUCAGCCAGGACAAGAACGGCAAGCCAUCUCGAAAAACAGAUGUCUGGGAUCUGGGUAUCGUGUUUGUACAAAUGCUCUUUGGCCUCGAUGCACCGCAGAAUUACAGUUCCCCAGACAAUUUGAUAGAAAAACUACAAGUUUCUGAGCCUCUUGAAGAUAUUAUACGAAACUUUUUCAAAAUGGAUCCAAAGAAACGUCCUUCCGCGUUUGAUCUGAUACCUUCAGAGUUCCUGCGCAACAAUGCGCCGAUUUUCUUGGAGUCCUCGGCUCCCCAACGGUUACGACUCCCUUCCAGUAGCUCACUUCCAGUCAAUGAUCGUCGCUUGCGACGUGAGUCUUCGAGCUAUGGGGGUGGUAGUUAUAAGAGUGGCCCAAUUUCUAGGUAUGCCAAUGAGUGGGUGGAAGCUGGCCGCCUUGGAAAGGGAGGUUACGGAGAGGUCGUCAAAUCUCGCAACAAGCUCGAUGGACGCAUCUACGCAAUCAAAAAGAUCAAGCAGAAUUCUGCUUCGGCUCUUACGGAAGUGCUUUCUGAAGUCAUGCUACUUUCACGACUGAACCAUCCGUAUGUUGUCCGUUACUACACUGCAUGGCCAGAGGAUGACUACUCAAAUGCUAUUGACACCGAAACUGAAGAAGAAUCAGUAGCUUUUACUGAAAACGCAGUCUCUGUUAGCGGACCAGAUAUUGAAUUCGGCCGCAGUAAUACAGGCGGUCUUGACUUCAUCAGUUCCAGUGGUUAUCCCAAAAUCGAGUUUGGCAAUGAUAGCGAGGAAGAGAGUGUCUCUGAAGAAGACGAUGAUGACGAAAUCAGCGACGAUGAGUUAGAUGAAAGCUUUUCUGAUGAAGAUGAUGAGAGUAACAGCAAAAGCGAUACCAUCGACAGUAAGUCUCCGUUAAAACUCAAACGGACAAUAUCGAGCUCAAAGUCUCGCUCUGUCAAGUCAACAUUGUACAUCCAAAUGGAGUAUUGCGAACGGCACACGUUAAGGGAUCUGAUCAGAAAGGGAUUGUACGAUGACCCAGAUGAAGCAUGGCGCCUCUUCCGGCAGGUUCUCGAAGGUCUUGCUCAUAUCCACGGCCAUGGGAUAAUCCAUCGAGACUUGAAGCCUGAUAACGUCUUCAUCGAUGUCGCUAAUAACCCCCGCAUUGGCGACUUUGGUCUGGCUACGAGUGGGCAGUACCAGGUUGCUGACAAGGCUGCCAUGACCGGUAGCAUGAUAAGCAAUCCAGAUGGCGAUAUGACGCGCAGUGUUGGCACCGCCCUUUAUGUCGCUCCUGAACUGAGGUCUGGAGUUGGUGGGAGUUACAACGACAAAGUUGACAUGUAUUCCCUCGGCAUAAUAUUCUUUGAAAUGUGCCAUCCUUUGAAAACAGCUAUGGAAAGGGACCAUAUCAUCCGCCAACUUCGGGAAAAGGAGCAUAAUCUACCACCGACAUUCAACGCAUCUGAAAAGGCUUUGCAAGGGAGUAUCAUCAGCUCUUUGAUCAGUCACAAGCCGAGCGAGCGCCCAAGCAGUGCCGAGCUACUUCGCAGCGGCAAGCUACCACUUCAAAUUGAAGAUGAGACGGUUCGUCUGGCUCUUCAAAGUCUAUCAGACCCAAAUUCGCCUUAUUACCACAAAAUGUUGUCUGCGCUCUUUGCCCAAGGUCAGGACAAACAAGUUAAGGAUUUUGCGUGGGAUUUGGGGCAGUCUAAUGGUUUCCAUGAGCAAAAGGCCACAGACUUGAUGCUGCAAUCUAUGGUCGAGGAUAAGCUUACAGUAGUCUUCAGGAGGCAUGGCGCUGUGAAGUCUCGAAGGCAAUUACUUUUCCCGAGAUCAGCUCAUUACGUGGAUCAAAAUGUCGUACAACUCUUCGACGCCUCUGGGACCCUAGUCCAACUACCCUACGACUUUACGCUUCCUUACGCCAGGACAAUCGCUAGACACAAGCCCGCGGCGGAGAAAACGUAUACCAUUGGUCAAGUCUACCGCGACACUUAUUCCGGAGGCGCGCCUCUCAGCAACGGAGAGGCUGAUUUCGACAUCAUCUCUUACAACAGUCUCGACCUUGCACUCAAGGAAGCCGAGACCAUCAAAGUUAUGGACGAAGUCAUUGACGAGUUUCCUUCGCUGGGCGCGGCACAACUUUGUUUCCAUAUCAAUCACUCGGACCUCUUGGAACUGAUCAUGGAUUUUUGCCGAAUCAGCGUCCCACUCCGUCGUGCAGUCAAGGAUAUUCUCAGCAGACUUAACAUCCGGCAGUGGACGUGGCAGAAUAUUCGUCAUGAUUUGCGCACCCCCACUGUUGGUGUUUCCUCUACUUCCCUUGAUGAACUCGCCAAAUUUGAUUUCCGGGAUACACCAGAGAAGGCAUUUGCCAAGAUCCAAUCGGUGUUCGAAGGGACCGAGUAUCUUGACAAGACCCAUGCCAUAUUUGCGCACAUGCGCACUGUCAUCAACUACAUGAAGAAGUUCAAUGUCCGCCGCAAGGUCUACAUCAGUCCUUUGAAUGGUUGGAACGAGAAAUUCUACGCCGGUGGCUUCAUGUUCCAAUGCAUGUUCGAUACCAAGCGGCGGGAUGUGCUGGCUGCUGGAGGACGUUAUGACCGUCUGAUUGAAGAGCACCGACCGAAGGUUCAAGGACAAUUUACUGGCUGCCACGCUGUAGGCUUGAGCUUGGGUUGGGACAGACUUGUCACUUCAAUGACUCGGUUCCAGAAAGGGCCUAGUAAGAACAGCUUCCUAAAGAGGACUCAAGAAGAUGAUGGACACGAGAAAUGGGCGACCCGUAGAUGUGACGUUCUCGUUGCAAGCUUCGAUCCGGUUACUCUCCGAUCUACUGGAGCCAAGAUGAUCGGUGAUCUUUGGGCGCAUGACAUCAGCGCCGAACUGGCCAUCGACACCAGAUCGCCGGAAGAGCUUCUCUCGCAUUACUCUGAGGAUAAGCAUUGCUGGAUAGUAAUUAUCAAGCACGACGCCAUCAACACCGGCAAGCCCGAUGUCAAAGUCAAGUCCUUGCUGCGCAAAGACGAUACCGAUCUCCGUAGUUCGGAGCUGCUCUCCUACCUCCGACAGGAGAUUCGCGAUCGCGAACACCGCGAAGGCUCCACGAGCAACCGUGCGCGUCUCACUCGGCUCAGCAACCAAACGGAGCAGAUAACGCACAAGUCGGAAGAACGCAAGUCGAAUGUGCAAGUGCUCCUCGCGCAGCAUCGGUCGAAAAAGUCCAACAAAUGGAGCAUCGUCGAGGCCGCCCAAACACGAACACGCGAGCUCUUGAGUUCGUACGAAAACGGGCCCAUCGCCGCGAUUGAGACAAAGGACGAAAUCCUGGAGUUGAUUCGAGAGACGAGGCUCAGUGAUGCAGACAGCUGGCGCCGGGUCAUCCAAAGCGUGCCGUUGGCUGAACGCCAGUACUUGCAGGACUUGCUUGACAUGCUGAGGAAGUAUGCGCAGGUGUGGAGAGACGAGGGAGCACCGAACGAAGGGAGGAUGGCUUUUGUGUACAAUUUUAGGACGGGCAGUGAGGUGAUGUAUGAUCUUGGGUUGUAAGUACCUUAGUGUGGGGGUGAGCGGGGGUCGGCAUGUCGGUGAAUUAUGUCGGCGGUCGGCGGUCGGAGCGGGGCCGGGCCAGGCCCGAUACCCUUGCCCCGCCCCAGAGGAUCUGCCUGUGCAUGUUUUCUAGAACAAAAAAGAGACGGCCACCACGGCGACGACGCCGACACCGACCAGCGG